AAAGCAGAAGAUGAGUUCGGCAAAGUCGACGCCAUCGUUGUGUCUGUCGGAGUGGACGAGGAGAUCGUGUACGCUAAAUCCACGGCCAUACAGACCUGGCUGUUCGGCUACGAGCUCACAGACACCAUCAUGGUUUUUUGCGACACCAAGAUCAUCUUCCUGGCCAGCAAGAAGAAAGUGGACUUCCUCAAACAGGUGGCCGUCACUAAAGGCAACGAGAACGCCAACGGAGCUCCGCCCAUCACUCUGCUCACCAGAGAAAAGAAUGAAAGCAACAAGGCCAACUUCGACAAGAUGAUCGAGGCGAUCCGAGGCAGCAAAGAGGGAAAGACGGUCGGAGUGUUCAGUAAGGACAAGUUCCCCGGAGAGUACAUGAAGAGCUGGAACGACACGAUCACCGCCGAGGGGCUGGAGAAGGUGGACAUCAGCGCUGUGGUGGCGUACACGAUGGCGGUGAAGGAAGACGGGGAGCUGAACCUGAUGAAGAAGGCAGCGGCCAUCACCAGCGAGGUUUACUCAAAGUUCUUCAAGGAGCGAGUCAUGGAGAUCGUCGACGCAGACGAGAAAGUGCGUCACAGUAAGCUAGCGGAGUCGGUGGAGAAGGCCAUCGAGGAGAAGAAGUACCUGGGCGGCGCUGACCCGUCCACGGUGGAGAUGUGUUACCCCCCCAUCAUCCAGAGCGGAGGAAACUACAGCCUCAAGUUCAGCGUCGUCAGCGAUAAGAACCACAUCCACUUCGGUGCCAUCACGUGCGCCAUGGGGAUCCGCUACAAGUCCUACUGCUCCAACCUGGUCCGCACCCUCAUGGUGGACCCCCCUCAGGAGAUGCAGGACAACUACAACUUCCUGCUGCAGGUGGAGGAAGAGCUGCUGAAAGAGCUCAAACACGGUGUAAAAAUCAGCGAUGCCUACAACACCGUUCUUGAGUACGUGAAAAAGGAAAAGCCAGAUCUUACAGCAAAGCUUACCAAAAACCUCGGGUUUGCAAUGGGCAUCGAGUUCAGAGAAGGCUCCCUGGUUUUGAACGUUAAGAACCAGUACAAACUGAAAAAAGGCAUGGUGCUCAGCAUCAGUUUAGGUUUUGCUGAACUCAUCAAUAAAGAAGGCAAGAAGGACGAGCAGAAAAAGUACGCCUUGUUUAUCGGAGACACGGUUCAGAUCAACGAGGAGGAAGCGGCCACGAUACUCACACCGGUCAAGAAAAAGAUAAAAAACGUGGGAAUCUUCCUGAAGAAUGACGAUGAGGACGACGAGGAGGAAGAUGGCGACGAUGCCGAGGAGCUGCUGGGGAAAGGAGCUCGGAGCGCCGCCCUGCUGGCAGACAGAACCAGGAACGAGAUGACGGCGGAGGAGAAGAGACGCGCUCACCAGAAAGAGUUAGCCGACCAUUUGAACAAUGAGGCCAAGCGUCGUCUCACGGAGCAGAAAGGAGAGCAGCAGAUUCAGAAGGCCAGAAAAUCAAACGUGUCCUAUAAGAACGUGUCUCAGAUGCCCAGAGAAAAGGACAUCAGAGACAUGAAGAUCUUCAUCGACAAGAAGUAUGAGACCGUCGUCAUGCCCGUCUUCGGAACCGCAACGCCGUUUCACAUCGCCACCAUCAAGAACAUCAGUAUGUCCGUAGAAGGAGACUACACCUACCUUAGGAUCAACUUCUACGUCCCUGGAAGCUCUCUGGGAAGACAAGAGGGAAACAUCUUCCCCAACCCCGACGCCACAUUUGUCAAAGAAAUCACGUACCGAGCGUCCAACCUGAAGGCUCCCGGCGACCCAUCGGUUCCCUCCACCAACCUGCAGAACGCUUUCCGCAUCAUCAAGGAGGUACAGAAGCGCUACAAGACGCGAGAGGCCGAGGAGAAGGAGAAAGAGGGCAUCGUCAAGCAGGACUCGCUGGUCAUCAACCUCAACCGCAGCAACCCCAAACUCAAAGACCUCUACAUCAGACCCAACAUUGCACAGAAGAGGAUGCAGGGUUCGCUGGAGGCGCAUACUAAUGGUUUCCGGUUCACGUCAGUCCGCGGUGAUAAAGUGGACAUCCUUUACAACAACAUCAAACACGCCGUCUUCCAGCCGUGUGACGGGGAGAUGAUCAUCGUACUCCACUUCCACCUCAAGAACGCCAUCAUGUUUGGUAAGAGGCGCCACACGGACGUCCAGUUCUACACGGAGGUCGGGGAGAUCACCACAGAUUUGGGCAAACACCAACACAUGCACGACCGAGACGACCUGUACGCCGAGCAGAUGGAGCGGGAGAUGAGGCACAAGCUCAAGUCGGCCUUCAAGAACUUCAUCGAGAAGGUGGAGACGCUGACGAAGGAGGAGCUGGAGUUCGAGGUUCCCUUCAGAGACCUCGGGUUCCAGGGCGCCCCCUACAGGAGUACCUGCCUGCUACAACCCACGUCCAGUUCUCUUGUCAAUGUUACUGAAUGGCCGCCAUUUGUGGUGACGCUGGACGAGGUGGAGUUGGUCCACUUUGAGCGUGUGCAGUUCCACCUGAAGAAUUUCGACGUGGUCAUCGUCUACAAGGACUACAACAAGAAGGUCACCAUGAUCAACGCCGUGCCCGUCAACUCCCUGGACCCCAUCAAGGAGUGGCUCAACUCGUGUGACAUCAAGUACACGGAGGGAGUCCAGUCUCUGAACUGGACCAAGAUCAUGAAAACCAUCGUUGAUGAUCCAGAGGGCUUCUUUGAGCAAGGUGGCUGGUCUUUCUUAGACCCGGAGAGCGAGGGAAGCGGCGAAGAGCACGACUCGGAGUCCGAAAUGGAGGAUGAGACGUUCAACCCGUCUGCAGAUGAAGAGGAGUACGAGGAAGAGGACAGCGACGAGGAUUACAGCGACGAAACCGAGGAAUCGGGCUCAGGGAACGAGUACAGCGGGUCACUGGGCAGUGAGGAGGAGAGCGGUAAAGACUGGGACGAGCUGGAGGAAGAAGCCAGGAAAGCUGACAGAGAGAGCCACUAUGAGGACGAGGAUACCUCUGCCAACAACAAGAAGAGGAAGGUUCGCCCAGUAGCCCCCCCGCCCAGCAAGAAGAAGCGACGAGCCUAAACGUCUCACACACACACACACACACACUCACACUCUCUCUCUCUCACACACACACACACACACACUCACACACACACUCACAUACACAUACAUAUACACACACAUACUGCCAAACCUACCCGUUCCCAAUCCUCCCUCCCGCCCCGACUGGCUCUUUUUUGACUCGAACACUUCACACAAACACACACAUACACACACUUGGAUACAACAAAAUGUGUAUAUAGAUGUAGAAGCCCCUUAUUUUUGUGUUGGUCAGUGAAGUGUCAUGUUGAAAUGGUAAAGAAAGUACCAGCAAGGCAGUCAGACACAGACUCCAUUAGGUUUUUUUCUUUUUUUCUUUUUCCUCUUCAUUCCUUCCUCAUUCUCGCUUUUGUUUCCACAUCCCAUCUCCAUCCAUCCAUCAGGGUUUCAUAUCUGUGUGUGUGUGUGUGUAUGUGUGUGUGAGUGACUGAGUGUGUGUGUGUGUGCAUGUGUGAGAAAAUGGGUUUUUAUUGCGAGCAUUGUUUAUUUUCUGUUUAAAAUAUUUAAAAAAAGGAAAAAAAAAGAUGACUUUCUUAACUAAUGGAUAAUAAAAAAAGUCUUGACAUAUCUUCUGCCAAGUGUUUUAUAUAAAAUCCCCCCCCUUUCCUCCUCCUCUUCCUCAACCUCUUCCUUCUCGUCUACUUUUCACAUUUUUCUUCAAUGUUUGUUAAAUUGUGAUCAUAAUAUAGACUAUUUGCUUUACUUUGUUCUUUCUUUUUUGAGGGGGGCAGAUAAAUCAUUUUUCUGAUUUCUUUUUUAAAAAUGAGGUUUGUAAAUUAAUGCACACCUGGUGCGCACACACACACACACACAGACAGACAUACAUACAUACAUACAUACCAUUUUCCCUAGCACUUCUCCUUUUUGUCCCCUUUUCUGUUCAUUCUGAGUAGAUAUGUUGUACUGUUAAUUCUGAUAAAUCCUGUUUUUGUUUUUGUAAUAAAAUUAA